UACAGAACUAAGAAAAAAAGCCAAGAAUGAAUUUGAGAAGAACUUGUUUAAGUUGAUGAAUAACGCGGUCUUUGGGAAGACUAUGGAAAAUGUCAGAAAACGGGUUAAUAUCAAAUUACUAUCCCAAUGGAAAGGACGUUACGGCGCAGAAUCAUACAUUGCGAAACCGGAAUUUAAAUCUUGCGCCAUUUUUAACGAAAACUUGGUAGCUGUAGAAUUGAAUAAGCUUGAAGUCUAUUUAAAUAAGCCUAUAUACGUAGGUCAAGCCAUUCUUGAUCUAGCCAAGACGACCAUCUACAGCUUCCAUUAUGACUACAUGAUGGAUAGAUUUGGAGAUAACUGCACAGUUCUUUACACAGAUACGGACAGCUUAAUUUAUGAAAUUCGUGAACAAGAUCCUUAUAUGGCGAUAAAAAACGACUGUUUUAAAUAUUACGAUACUAGCGAUUAUGACCCCAAUAACCCAUAUGGCAUACCCCUUGUAAAUAAGAAAGUGUUGGGCAUGAUGAAAGAUGAAAAUAAUGGACAGAUAAUGACCGAUUAUGUAGGAUUACGAUCGAAACUGUACACCACUAAAGUAUUAUCCACUAAGGACGAUUUAAUAAAACUACAACAGAAAUUGGAAGCGGAGGAGUAUGAUGAGGAUGAAAUUGCUACGAUUAUUAAAAAUUAUGGUUUGACUAAGAAGGCAAAGGGGAUAAAGAAAAGUGUAGUAGAAACUAAAAUUACCUUUGAUGAUUAUGUGGAGUGUCUGGAGACCUAUAAGCGCAAAACUACAUCUCAAAAUUUGAUUCGUACGGAUAAACAUCAAGUUUAUUCCAUAACGCAGUCGAAAAUUGCUCUAAGUCCUGAGGAUGAUAAGAGAUACCUGAUUCCUGACUCAUUUAACACUCUACCGUGGGGCCAUUAUGCUAUCAAUAAGCCUCAAGAUGUUGAACAGAUGGAAGUUGAUUAAGGUUGUGAUUUUUGAUGAAUUAGUUACAAAUUGUCAAAAUCCUAGGAAAUUUGUAUACAAAUUAGGAUAUUAUUUUAGGAAUAUUCUUAGACUAAAGGUUAUUAGCAAACUACCCCUGUAUAAAGCUAAAAAUAGUAAAUUCUUGUAUAAAUUUAAGAUUUCAUUAAUAAAAUGUUAAGGUUCAACUCUGUUAUACACCUUAUCCUUUGCU